GUGUCUAUGCAGCGUUGGUGGUUUGUUCUUAGCAGCACAUACUGCUGGAGCUCCGCAAGGCUGGGAUCUGAUGCUGGGACCCCUCGGUUCCGGCGCCGGUGCGUUGCUCCUUCCAAGCCUUCAGCGUCAAAUUUUGUGGUAUGCCACUCUUUUGGCUGCAGUGGCAGCUCUCAACGCCAUCAUUCUCGUCCGUGUGACGCGACAUGAUGUCUACAUCGCAGCAGUUGCGGCCGGCUUCCUCGGUGUUGCAAGUGCCGUGCUGGCUUACGAGGUGCAUUGGGCCACUUGGGCGUUCAGUGUUGAGCUGCAUGAGGGCUGUGGCCCUUCGAGAGCCCCGGCCGAUGCGUGGCAGGCCUUUGUGGAGACGGGCCUGCAGGAUGUGGAGCAAGCCGGAUCCUUUCCACCGGGAUGGGCCGGAUGUUACCCGAUGUCCGUUCGAUGA